GGUGAAACGACACCCCAGGACGCGAACUUCAAGGGUCGGACCGUCGGAUCCGACUGGAACGGGAACCCCGGGUUCGACGAAGUCCUUGGCGAUUUGUAGAGGGGGCGGGACUCCUAUAAAACCAGCCUGGAAGACCGUUCGGCUGAAAUCCAAGCGAAAAAAUGCCAGCGUCCGGGGCGACCGUAGAACAUCCUAGGGAGUCUAUAGACUUGCCUAUAGAGCCCGAAGGAGUCGAUCUGUUCCUCUCAGCUCCAGACAAGAAAAGCCACGGCGAGUUCCUCCAGAGGGUGCAGCAGAUGCUCCUUGACCAUGCUUUCCAGAGCACUCACAGGGAGAGCAAGGUGGCUCGAUACGUGGAACCUGAACGGCUGAAAGAGAUCAUGGACUUGGACUUGAAACGAGAGCCUAGCUCCAUGGAAGCCCUCAUCGGCCACAUUCGUGAUACUAUGAAGUACUCUGUCAAUACAGGACACCCCUUUUUUGUCAACCAGCUAUUUUCCUCACUGGAUCCGUACGGCUUAGCCGGUGGAUGGGUGACGGACUCACUCAACCCGAGUGUUUACACUUACGAGGUUUCGCCUGUGUUCAGCUUGAUGGAAGAGGCCGUACUGAAGGAAAUGAGAACCAUCGUCGGAUUCACAGAAGGAGACGGCAUCUUCUCCCCAGGCGGUUCCAUCGCCAACGGAUAUGCCAUAAACUGCGCCAGGUUCAACAAAAUGCCACAGAUCAAGGAAAAAGGCCUACACGGGCUGCCCCGUCUCGUCCUUUUCACAUCGGAAGACGCCCACUAUUCCAUCAAAAAGAUGGCUGCCCUUCAAGGGAUCGGGUCCGACAACGUCUACCUGGUCAAGACGGAAGCCAACGGAAAGAUGGACGUGCGCGACCUCAGGGCACAGGUGGAGAAGUCCCUCGAGGAAGGAGCAGUACCGUUUAUGGUCUCAGCCACAGCAGGCACGACUGUCCUCGGAGCAUACGACCCUAUAGAGGAGAUCCACGAAGUCUGCAAAGAUCACGGCAUGUGGCUGCACGUCGACGCAGCCUGGGGAGGCGGCGCCCUCGUCUCAAAGAAGUACCGACACCUACUUCGCGGCAUAGAAAAGUCUGAUUCAGUUACGUGGAACCCUCACAAAAUGCUGGCCGCUCCUCAGCAGUGUUCGACUUUCUUGACCAAGCACACAAAGAUCCUUAGUCAAUGCCAUUCCGCCCAGGCCCAGUACCUCUUCCAGAAGGACAAAUUCUACGACACCAGCUACGACACGGGCGACAAGCACAUUCAAUGCGGAAGGAGAGCGGACGUGUUCAAAUUCUGGCUGAUGUGGAAGGCCAAGGGAACGGACGGACUGGAAAAGCACGUCGACCGUGUUUUCGACUCCGCUGAAUACUUCACGGAGAAGAUCCGGGGUAGGCCGGGCUUCAAGCUGUUCGUCGAACGGCCGGAAUGCACCAACGUGACCUUCUGGUACGUCCCACCUAGCCUGCUCGGCAAAGAAUCGGAACCCGACUUCAACCAAAAGCUCCACAAGGUCGCACCGUUAAUGAAAGAAAGGAUGAUGAGGGAAGGGACGAUGAUGAUGACCUACCAACCGCUUCGGGAGCACCCCAACUUUUUCAGAUUGGUCAUACAGAAUUCUUCCCUCAACCACAACGACAUGGAUUACAUCGUGGCCGAAAUCGAAAGACUCGGACGAAACUUGUAAAACCUGUAAAAUAACUUGUCGAUCGUAUUAGUAUUUAUUAAUUUAUAUUAUCAUCGCCCUUCCUCUCGUGGGGGGAAAACGAAAACAGGGCACCCUCUCCUUUCUAUUUAUAAUGUAGCUAUAUUAAUUAUUAUUUGUAAUGUAUAAAGU